CGGCUAGGGCUUUUUAAGUUUUCUUGUUCUUUCUCUUGUUUUGGGGGGAGGAAGAGCGAUGGCCGUCGCGCGGGGCGGAGGAGGAGCGAAUGCUGCGAAUGGAGUGGCGGCGCUGGAUCAUCCACCGCCGGCUCAGCAGCAGCAGCAGCGGCAGGAAUGCGCGGGAUUCAUGGCGCUCGCUCGCGAUUACUUGGGCGAGCUCGUGUCGGGAUCCAAGCAGGGCAGGGACAGCGUCUUGGCAAGGAUGCGAGCUCUGGCCUACGAAAAAGGCCCCAGAGCCCAAACUGCCGCUAGGCAAACCAUGGCGGAUCUCCAUCGCUGGAUGCAAGAGAGCGGCCAUCUCAAGAUCGCCCUUCUUGGCGCUGUGAGUACUCUCUUUAAUCUUUUCUUCGAUGAUGAUCUUUUUCUCCAGGUUGGGCUGGUUGGAUUGGCGGCAUUGGUAGCGCUCGCAACGUUUGUGGUGGUGUUCGUAUCAGCGACCGCAAAUGCGAUGAUGAUCAGCUUGAUACUCUCGAUCUCGCUGGUGGGGUUUUUGAUGGCUUCCUUCUUCACGUCCCUCACGGCUGUGUAUGUUGGAGCGCUCCUGGCGGCCGGAGUUACCAUCUCCAGCCUCACAUUCUUUAGCAUCUGCGGGAUGAUCAUGGCUGCCGGAUGGUUCACGUUUUCGUGGGGGAUUUGGAACUUCGUCCGGAAGAUCUUCCAGAUUGUAAGAUACUCGGCUGGAUCCGUGUGGAGCGCGCUAUCAUCGCAGCCAGUGGCAGAGAUCAGUGUCGAGAGCCUCAAGCAGCAGUAAAAAUCUUGAUUUUAGAACCAAAAGAAUUAUUCAUUCCAUCAA